UCGGACCACUCGGCGGAGCUGCUGCGAGCGGCCGACCUGUCCGUGCGCGAAGACGAGGACCCCGGCUCGCCAGCGCCGACCGACGACGAGCUCGACGACCCCGUGAGCCCCGGCUCGUCGCCCGGAGGCAUGAUCGACGCGUCCGAGUUCCGGGGCCUGGACCCCGGGGCCUACCCUGGCCGCAUGUCGCCCGGCGGCUUCUCGUCGAGCAGCUACGCCACGCUCACGCCGCUCCAGCCGCUGCCGCCCAUCUCGACCAUGUCGGACAAGUUCUCGCACUACGGACACCACCACCAGCACCCGGGCUCCAACGGAGGUUUUGCGCCGCUCGCCAUGCACGGCAUGACGGGCUACCCGCAGUACGACAAGCUCGGCUCCAUGUCGGGCGCGAUGAACAUGAGCCCGCCGCACGGCACGGCGCCCAUGCUGGGGGCCGGCAGCUCGCUACCGUCGCCGCCACCGUACGCGCAGAACGGGCUGCCGGAGAAGGGGCUGAACGGCUACGAGACGGCGUCGUACGGCGGAGCCGCGCCUCAGCGGGAACUCACUCGCCUGGGCUCGCCGCAGAGUCCCACCAGUCUGCACUCGCCCAUGCUGCCGCCCCUGAACGGCCUGUCACCCCACACGCCGCCCCAGGCGCACCUGGCAGCCCCGGCGACGCCGCCCCAGCCGCCUCCCCCUCAAGAAGCCAAGCCGGCACGUGUGCUCCUUCCCGUCGUCAGCAGCGUUCCCACCCUCGGACAGGUGAUGGUGUGCGGCGCCAAGGCCUCCGUGGUGUCCAGUCUCGUGCUCGCUCCGGCGCCAAAGUUGAUCCAUCCCCCGCAACAGGUGCCCCAACAGCAGCAGCAACAGCAACAAGCUCAGCAACAACAGCAACAGCAGCAGCAGCAGCAGGCGCAACACACGCCCCAGGGCUCGCACGCGGGCAGCGGCAGCAGUGGUGGCAGCAGUGCCGCGAGUCCCGCCGACGAGGCCGAGGAGAUCAACACCAAGGAGCUGGCGCAGCGGAUAAGCGCCGAGCUGAAGCGCUACAGCAUCCCGCAGGCCAUCUUCGCCCAGCGGGUGCUGUGCCGCUCUCAGGGGACUCUGUCCGACCUGCUCAGGAACCCCAAGCCCUGGAGCAAGCUCAAGUCUGGCAGGGAGACCUUCCGAAGAAUGUACAAGUGGCUCGAGGAACCCGAGUUUCAGCGCAUGUCAGCGCUCAGGCUCGCAGUGAAAAUGAAUGCUCAGAGCCCCAAGCUGGACGCGGCGUGCCCUGCCCGCACCACCAGCCUGUAUACAGCACACUCAACCUGCAAGCGGAAAGAGGAAUCCCCUGGUGGGGCUUCCGCGCCGGUGUCCGGGUCUGCGGCCAAGAACCAGCCCAAGAAACCGCGCCUCGUGUUCACCGACCUGCAGCGGCGCACCCUGCAGGCCAUCUUUAAGGAGACCAAGCGGCCCUCCAAGGAGAUGCAGAUCACCAUCUCGCAGCAGCUGGGCCUGGAGCUCAGCACCGUCGGAAACUUCUUCAUGAACGCGCGCCGCCGCUCCCAGGACAAGUGGCAGGACGAGGCGGACAGGGGCAAGGCUGCCACGUAG